AUGUCGUCUCGAUCGGGUCCUGCGCCAUUCUGGAUAUGUCAUGAGUGCGGUGCUCAGAUGAGACCUAUCAUGAUUGACGAGAUCCCACAUUGUGCAUCAUGUCAUGGGGAAUUCGUAGAAGUGCUGGAUCAGGAAAUCAAUCCUGAUCCAUUCCAUGAACUCCCUCAUCCUCCCACUCGUCCUUCCCAAUUACCCCCAAGGAUACCUACAGAAAAUCGUCCUCCAGGCUCUCCCCCAGCCGAACCAUCAGGUAUCCUCGGAUCUAUAUUUGGGCUUUUCCAAGGUAAUCCGGAAAACCACGUUCACCCUCCUGCUCUCCCUUCGAACCCUCGUACAGUGGGAACAGGAGAUACUUCAACAACGAACAGAGGUGAUGGGACACGUACUUGGACUUUCAACAUUGGAGGAGGAAGAGGUAGUGUGACGUUCGGUACGAUAGGUGGAAUGGGGCCAGGUAUGGGGAUGGGUGGUGGUAAUGUUGAUGAUGAACUCGGCAACAUAUUCCCAGGUUUCCCACGUGGACUUGGAGGACAAAACCCGUUUCCUAGUAUUGAUACUGAGAUAGGUCCGAAUACUCAACAAGGUCCCGCAAUGUUGAGAGCGUUGAUGUCUGCAUUGAUGGAUGAAAAUAUGUUGCCUGCGCAUUUACAAGAACCCAUGUUUCUUGGACCUCAAGGGAUGGUGAACAUGGGUGAUUAUGUCGCUACCGAACAGGGUUUCCAUGAUGUGUUGGAACAACUCAUGCAAGCUGCAGGUCCACAGGGACCGUUGCCAGCUACGGAUGCUGUGAUUGAAGGUUUGCCGAGGUACAAAUUAGACGAAAAGGCUUUGGAAACAAGUCAGUUUAAGGACUGUCCCGUUUGCAAGGAUGAUUUUGCUGUUGGAGAUGAGGUGAUGCGGAUACCUUGCAAACAUAUCUUUCAUCCUGACUGUCUACAACCCUGGCUCAAAGUCAAUGGCUCAUGUCCCGUUUGCCGAUUCUCUCUCGUACCGGACGAAGUAAAUCAUCCAGAAAGCUCCACCGCUCCCAAUGUAACCCAACAACCCCAGCAAAACGCAGGAACAGCAAUCACCAACAUGCUCAAUAGAUUAUGGGGUCAAAGUGGAACUACGAGUCCUACUUCUCCCCCUACUUCUGGCCCAUCGCGACAGCCGGACAAUCUUCCAAACCCGUCGAACCCUCCCAAUAUCUCCAAUCCCCCCAGUCAGGCAAAUCCCACUCCUGAUCCAGCAACAUCCAACUCCGUCGUCAAACUCAUCUGCUCCUUCCGGUGA